CGGCGCCUCGUGCAUUGGCAGACCGUUGGCGUUGCCUGACAGAAUGUUUUGCAGAUAAAGGAGUUUUCCCCCCAAUCAAUGAUUAUUCGUGACAAAACACGAAUUUGGUCAAUUUCGAGAAUACUCAUAUUUCAGACUGCAACAGUGUACCAGAGGAAUCACCAGAGUGCAGAAAUUCAAGGAGGCGUAUCGUCAACACUAAGGUGCAGGAUCUUUAAUCUUCCGUUUCUCCAUCAUUUUGUGCAGUGACUGCCACUGAGUGGAGGUGAAUAAGCAUACCGCCCGACCAUGCUCACAUCACGGGGAGAUUCAGAUUGUAGAACGCGCAGAAGCCUCGGUGUAGGAAGGGUUGCCUCGUGACUGACCACCCUCAAGCGAGAGGGAAAGCGAGAUCGACAAGUCACUCACUCACCGAGACUGCACUGUGAGUGUGGACUCAUUGCGACAGACCGGGAACGAUUAGGAAAGACAUCAUCCACCUUUAAAGCUAGCCCAGCUUCUCAAUCCUCCUCCCUUCCUUUCCCCGUUCCUACCCGAGGCGAGUUACUGUAUGUACGCACCUCUGCCUGGAUUGAAAACCCCGAAGGCAGUGAGUGAGGCACGCCGGCCCCGGGGUCCCCGCGCUUCGUUGAGAGAAUCGCUGAAAUGAGAUGAGGCUCAGAAAUGGAACGGUUGCCACUGCUAUCAUUUUCUUCACGUCGUUUCUCAGCCUGUCUUGGUACACAGCCUGGCAGAAUGGCAAAGAGAAGUUGGUAGCGUACCAGAGGGAGUUCCAUGCCUUGAAAGAGCGCCUCCGUGUGGCCGAGCACCGGACCCUGCAGCGCUCUUCAGAGCUCAACAACAUCCUGGAGCAGUUCAGACGGGCCAUCGCUGAGACCAACGGCAGCAAGGACGCUCUCAUCAACUUCUCAGAUGAGACACAGAAGUUGCUGAAGGAGCUGGCGAGUAGGAAGCCCCUUCAGGUGCCGAACAUCUACCACCACAUGCCUCACCUGCUCAACAAUGAGGGCAGCCUGCACCCCGCUGUCCAGGUGGGCAUGGGCCGCACUGGAGUCUCCAUGGUGAUGGGUAUUCCUACCGUAAAGCGUAAAGUGAAGUCGUACCUGGCCGAGACUCUGCACUCGCUCAUCGACAAGCUCUCACCGGAGGAGAAACUUGACUGUGUCAUCAUCGUCUUCGUUGGAGAGAUGGACACGGAAUACGUCCAAAGCGUGGUUACUGGGCUGGAGAAAGAGUUUUCUACAGAGUUCAGUUCAGGUCUGUUGGAGCUGAUCUCUCCUCCUGCCAGCUACUACCCAGAUCUCAAAGAACUCAAGGAGACUUUUGGAGACUCCAGAGAGCGGGUCAGAUGGCGGACCAAGCAGAAUCUGGACUAUUCCUUCCUCAUGAUGUAUGCUGUGAGCAAAGGAGUCUACUAUGUCCAGUUGGAGGAUGACAUUGUGGCCAAGCCCAACUACUUUGCCACCAUGAAGAACUUUGCCUUGCAGCUCUCCUCCGAGGACUGGAUGAUCCUCGAGUUCUCCCAGCUCGGCUUCAUCGGUAAGAUGUUCCAGGCUCCAGAUCUCAAUCUGAUCGUAGAGUUUAUCUUCAUGUUCUAUAAGGAGAAGCCCAUUGAUUGGCUACUGGACCACAUCCUCUGGGUCAAAGUGUGUAACCCGGAGAAAGACGCAAAGCACUGUGAGCGGCAAAAGUCGAGUCUGCGUGUGCGGUUCAGGCCCUCUCUCUUUCAACAUGUGGGGCUGCACUCCUCUCUGGCCGGAAAGAUCCAGAAACUCACUGAUAAGGACUUCCUGAAACCCUUGCUCCAUAAAAUCCACGUGAAUCCGCCUGCUGAGGUGUCCACGUCUCUCAAGGUGUACCAGGGCCACACGCUGGACAAGACCUACUUAGGAGAAGACUUCUUCUGGGCCAUCAACCCUACUGCUGGAGACUAUGUCCUCUUCAAGUUCGACAGGCCCGUCAGCAUAGAGAGGUUCCUGUUCCGCAGUGGGAACCAGGAACACCCUGGGGACAGGAUAGAGAACACCACCGUAGAGAUACUGCCCUUCUUGGAAACUGGACCAAAGACCAAAGAGAAGUACAAGCGAACUGAAGACCGCUACUACAGAAUCGGUCAGUUUGAGAAGGGUGUGGCGGAGGGUGCUGUAGACACCUCCUUCAACCCGGUGGUGGCGCUGCGUCUCUCUGUCAUCAAAGACUCUGCUGUCUGGGCCAUCCUCAGCGAGAUCCACAUAAAAAAGCUACCAGGCUGACAUAAGGCGGGGGGCCACAAUCCAGGCCCCCGGCCCCGGGGUGCUCGCAGACGCGCCUAAAACUUGCUGACCAGGGGCCCUCUGGCAACCAGCAGUGACAUCCUCAGAGCUCACCAGAGCCACUCCUCUCAGGGCUUCUGUCUGAGGACACUCUCAUUCAAUCUCUCGCUCGCUCUCUUGCUCUCUCUCUCACUUGCUCUCUCUCUCUCUCACACUCUUGCUCUCCUUCUCUAUCUUUUUGCGUAAAUGUGAAUACUACUGUACAAAAAAGAGACAUUUAAAAUAUCAGAAGGAAUUGGGCGUGUCCUGCAGAAUUCCGUUCCCAGCUCUGACAGUUGAGGUAACUGUGUGUUACACAGAGGGCUUGUGACUCGGAGAGACUGACCUGAUGGGCUGAUGUCACCCAAACACUGGUGCAAAGUAGGUGCUCCAUGUGCUCACUACCAUCCCCAUCUCUGGUCUGGUCAGCUGGGGUAUUGCACUGUCACUGGAGCCACAGAGCCCCCUGCUGGUGACUGAAGAAUGUCUAUUAGCCUCACGGAUCUGUUGCUUUUUGUUGUGUUCCACAGGGAUGUGUGUUCUUGCUAAACAGCAAGUAAUAGACCAAGUAAGGUGUCAGUCAUCUUAUGGUGGUGGAUAACUGCCUUUGUCCCUUUCUCCUCAGCUCUUCUUUUAAGGGAAUUACAAUGACGAUGGCAAACAAAGCGGCGCAGAUCUAGGGUCAGCCUACCUGUCCCAGCUUACCUGUCCCGGUCCCAACCCUAAUCAUUCUAGAGCAAAAACCUGAAACCUACAUUACCUAAGAGCUGUGUCUGGGACAGUUUAAUCCUAUUCAUUAUUAAAUGAAUAAUCUUGAUGGAAACCAUAUUUAUCGUUCUACUUCGUUUGACAGGAAGCCAGGCUGAAAGACCACCUGUGUCCUUUUAGUGGUAAACCAAUCAGACUUUGGCCUUGACUUCGCUUACCUGAAGGGAUAUUGCUAUAUUGAUGAUAUUAUUACUACUAUGACAAUGAUCUAUGAAGGUGAAUUAAUUUAUUUGAAAUAAAUCCUUAAUUUGUACAAGA